GGCCCUUCUCUGAAACCCUAAAAAAACCCAAUCACUCGAAAGAUUAAGAUGGCGAAGAAAAAACGGAGAGAAAUUGAAGAAGAAACCAACAACGGAGCACAAAAUGAUGUGUCCAUUGCAAAUGGCGAUUUUGAAUCUCACGAGAAGCAUCCAAAAGAGAAGAAGAAACACAGAGAAAAAGAGAAAGCACGGAAAAAAGAUACCGUAUCUUUACAAAAGGAAAUGUCCACCGUAAGCAUUGCUGUUCCUGGGUCCAUUAUCAAUAACGCUCAGUCCUUUGAACUCGCGACCCGGUUGGCUGGUCAGAUUGCUCGUGCUGCCACCAUUUUUCGAAUUGAUGAGGUUGUUGUAUUUGACAACAAGAGUACAUUGGAGGAUGAUUCAACUCAUAUGGUGGAGAACAAUACAGAUGAGGACGAGACUGGUGCUGCUUUUCUAAUCAGAAUCUUGAGUUAUCUUGAGACACCACAGUAUCUCAGGAAGGGUCUUUUCGCUAAGCAUAACAGUUUAAGAUUUGUGGGUCUAUUGCCCCCACUUGAUGCCCCACACCAUUUGCGUAAGCAUGAAUGGGCUUCAUACAGGGAAGAGUUUGGCACGCGAUGUUUUACACUUGAUCAUUGAACUUCAACAAGUUUCAUGUCACUGGCACCACUGACUUUGCACCUAGAGUACUUUACCAUGCAUGCUUAUUGUUGUUUCAUAUGGUUGGAGCAAAGUUUGGGCACAUGAUGGUUUACACUUGAUCGCUGAACUUCAGGUAAGUUUCAUGUUGACAAUGUUUUGGCUGAUGUCUCUGACUUUGCUUCUAAAGGAAUUAAUCCACCUUUGUAUUCUAUACUAGAAAGUUAUAGUUAUCUUAAAUAUUAUUAUAGCUUCCUUAUAUUUUUAUAUUUUUAUUUUUUUUAGUUUUUGUCAUAGAUGACAUUACUCUAGCUUUAAUUACACUCUAUCUUGGAGCCUAUCCACUUCGAUAGCAUUACGAUAUCAACUCAAUGAGUGGGAAGUCUCUUAUGAAAGUCUACUCAGUCUUUUGCUAGGCAUAAAGGUUUCUGAAUGUUCCUCUCUGCCUCGUAUGUUUUCAAAAUCAAAUAACUUUAAGUGUGAUGUGAAUGAUCAUCUAGAGGAUCGUUCAUGGAGAAUUUAGGGUGGAUACUACUUCAUUGUGGUUGUAUCAUGUUAACAUGAAAAGCUACUAACUAGUAGCUUCACAUGAGCUUGUUUGAACUGGGUACUUUUUUUAAAGAAGUUAUGGGUAAGUAGAUUUGCCUGACCUAUUUGAUCUGGUACAUUUUCUUUAAACUUUUAUAUCUUUCUUUUUCUAGGCAUUACACUGAAAAAUCAAGAUCAAGGUUCUGUAGGGACGCUUGUUGACGUGGGGCUUAGCAAGGUUCGGUUUAUUCUUGUUUCAUGCAGUUGUUAUUAAUUGAUUUGUUUGGAUAUUUCUUGUAUAAACUUUAUUUUUGGUUAACUUAGCAAGUCACAAGUGUUCCCUUUCCCAUAAUUGAUAUCUUCUCCUCUGAUGUUCUUUGUGUAAGAAAAUAUUUUUCCUUUCCCUUGGUUGAUUUCUUCCCCACUGAUGAUCAUACAAUUAUGUGAUGACAUAUUUUUCCUUUCCCUUGGUUGAUUUCUUCCCCACUGAUGAUCAUACAAUUAUGUGAUGACCCUCUUCCAAAUAAUUUGGUUGUGGUGCCGUAACAUUUUUCUCUAUGAACCUUUUCCAAUAAUUUGGUUGUGUUGCUGUAACCUUUUUCUCCAUUCUACGCAAUGUACAGUGGGAGAUAUUAAUGGAUAAAUAAUAGGGGUUUGAUAUCUUCAUUGAGUUUUAAAUAGGCUGGUGGACAUGCAGCCUGGUAUCGGAUGACAUUGAGGAUCCCAUUGAAAACCUAACAGAAUCCUAAUUUCUGAUUCUUGUCCCAAUUAAGAACUAAAACUGGCCGAGCUGCAAUUCCAGUUGCAGGAUUAAUAAAACAAAGGCCACUACUCACUCCAGACUGUUCAUCAUUUCCUUCUUGCUUUGUUUCCUAACUUUCCUCUCUUUAGUUUCUUUCAGUCGAUGCUUAAGUUCGUUUUUCAAAUUUUAAUAUACUUUAUCACUUAUCAAUGAGACUACAAGGGAAUGAAAUACAAAUGACAUGCAUCUCUAUUAGAUAACUAUAUACUUGUACAAGUUGAAGGAAAUACAUGCACGCAUGACACGUCA